GUUCUAUCAUUUCUUAUAGUUAAGUUGACAUAGACUGCCUCAUUAAUGUAAACCAAUAGUAGCUGGAGUCCGAAACCAAGAUUUUCUCGAUUCGCACUUUACCAGCAGUGAUAAUUAUAUUUAGUUCCUAUUUUGACUGUAAUUUAAGCGGUUAUAUCUAAGUAUGCUUAUCUCAUAUAGACAUAAAACAGCACGAUCACUCUAGAUUACUACAUUCUGACAUUCGGAUGAAGGCGAAAACCUGUCUACUUAUCUCAGAAUAUUGACUGCCAUGAAAGAUGGAAUUCUAUGUAGCUUCAGAGAAUGACAGCACGAUGAAAUGGUGGACUUUUAUAGCUGUACUUGUUAUAACAAUUUCAUUGGUAAAUACCAGAGGAGGUCGAGGUGGAUUUUCAGGUGGGCGUUCUGGGGGUCGGGGAGGAAGUAGCGGUUUUAGAUCCUCUUUCAGUGGUAGACGGCUUUCCAGCUCCAGUAGUAUUCGGACCGCUCUGCGGCAAGGAAGAGUGUACGGAGCUACUCGGUAUCGCAUUAGGAACAGUUAUAGAGCCCAGGGCACUUUGCCUAAGGUUUGCUACAACGACAAGUAUGACAAGAGCCCUAAUGGAAGCGUGUCGUACAAGGGCCGGUUUUUCUGUCCACUUGAUGAGACCAUGUCUGAUGAUUACAGAUACUGUUGUGGAGAGGAGGGGCUUCAAUAUUGCUGUACUUCCCGGAACGAAAGAAGUAUCAUUGCACUGGUGAUAGGGAUCCUUUUUGCUGCAAAUGCACUCUAUCUUGGCGCAUCUUAUAUGAUGAAACGUUUGAAAUCAAUGGACUACAGAGUUAGGAGGAAUCCAAUUACAAUAAGGGGGUCUAACACAAGCUUUUCUAUAAGUCAUGAAACCUCUCCAAUUUAUUUCCUCCCGUCGUAUGAGAUGACAAACACAGAUGAAGAACUAUGGCCACUGCCUCCAUCACCAAUUCAGAAUUCACAUACUCAAAACUAGGGUGUAACAUCGUCUUAGGAAAAAAAUCAGAGAAUUUGAGUCCCCUAUUAAGGAAAAAUAGAGCAAUGAGGGGACGAACCCCCUGGUUUUGCAGAACUAUUAAAUGUAUGUACUGAAGCAAAUAAAA